GCAUUCGGGCAGUGGGCAGUGCGACAUAGGGGCGAUGCGCGGCCUGAGCAGCGCUGUCUAAGUAUAGCAUCGCCUUGUGCUGAAGGCGCUGUGCCAACCGGCGGAUUCGUAGGAAUGCUGGUGGAAUCGUGUUUCCGAGUCAGAAGCGUGGUGUCUUCUAUUGUAUUGUGGAUUGUAGGAAGCGAGGACUGGUAGAACAGCAUUGACUACUGGGGCAUGUGGCGAUCCACGCUUUGUCAAACGACCCCGGUCGCGAUGCUCUGCAAUAGAACGGACGAGAAUGAGCAUGUCGCGAGUUGAGGCGGCAUUUGGCCACGGCAGCGCUAGCACGGGGCCUGCUCUGGUCAUGCUGUGUGUAUCAUAUACCCGGUCCGUAGCGAGUCUCUAGAUAACUAUAAAAGCCUCCUCCUGCCCUCAUCCGGACAUCGACGCAACCUACACCUUUCGCUCGACUCACGCCGCGAUGUCUCAGCCGCCUCCGUACAGCAGCAGACCAUACAGCGAGAACCAACCUCGCGAGAACCCCGACCGUCGCCCACUCCCGCCGGGCUGGAUAUCCCAGUGGGAUUCAAACUAUAACGCAUGGUUCUAUGUGAACACUCAGGAGAAUCCGCCACGAUCGUCGUGGGUACACCCUCUAGGCCCACCGGGCUCGCCACGUCCUCAGGCUGGCUACGCGCCGCCCUCAGGCCCGCCACCGCCGGACAACCGCGGGUACAGCCCAGGAUACCAGGGUCCUCCGGCGCCGCAGCGGUACGAUGACUACAGAGGUCCAUCUCCGGGCUAUGGUGGCCAGCCACCGAGCAACUACGGGCCUGGCCCUGGCUAUGGUGCCCCUGCUCGCGACAGCCGAGGAUGGUUCGGCAGUAGCGCGGCCUCGGCGCAGCAGCCAGCAAUGAUACAACAGGCCGCUCCGAAGAAGAGCGGCAUCGGGAUGGGCACUGCGCUGGCAGCUGGUGGCGCUGGUCUCUUGGGUGGUGUAAUCUUGGAGGAUCUCUGGCAGAACCAUGACGAGCAUGAACGUGAAGAAGGCUAUGACGAUGCUAUGCAGGACGGAUAUGGAGGGGGAGGUUUCGAUGGGCCUCAGGACGACUUUGGUGGUGGUGGUGGAGACUUCUUCUAGGUCUGCGAGUUCUGACGCGGCUUCUUGGUAACUUAGAAAUGACAAUCAACGGCUUUCUCCUUUAUGCUCCUCUGCUCUGGGAACAUGCAAUGGACUCGUAUAGAUCUGUGUAUAAGUACUGGGCUCGGUCAUCUUUCAUUGGGUGUCAUUCGUAUCUGAUUACAGAGGUGAUCGUGUCGCUGCCACCUGUGCACCAUCAAGCAGCAUCAAGCCGGCGCUCGCUGAAGUAUUGGAGCCCUGCCUCGUGGAUUGUGUUCCGAUGGCAAACUUCAGCGAGCAUGAGACCGCGUUGAGGUUGAGCGCCUGAUGCCAAACACUGCGAGUGUUCCACUGCCGAACACCUCGAACUUUCAAGAUGUGACAUCUGGUUCCUGCCUGCUACCAGUGAAGCCAUCAUGGAUC